CUCUGGUUUCUGAGAUAGCUUCAUUACUCCCCACUCCUCCGUGCAGACGAGACAGCAAUGGCUGGGACACUGUGUGAAAGAGUCUGAGCUUUGUCUGCAGCUCAACCGAGGUCUUCUGCGCCUGCAGCAGCUACCAUCGGAUCGGAGCCAUUUCCCGCCACUAACCCAAUGGAGCCGGCCAGGAACAAAUUUCAUCGAUCCUGCCUCUGAAAUUUCCGAGCUGGCGUGCGAAGACGCUGGGCAAUCAUGAUUCCCCGCGCGACCUUUGACUUGACCGGCAAAAAGCCUCUUUAUCGCCUUUCCUCCACCGCCGCGCCCUAUCCGGCCUAUAACCAACCUCGCUAUGGAGUUGCCUCCCCGGCUGGCACGCAAAGUCCCCAGACUCCCAAUCCGAUGCCUGUGAAUCAAACGCCAUCUCAUCCUCCAGCACCACAGCAAGGCCCCGGUAACACGCCUCAAGUGCUUCAGCAUCCACUGCAGCAGCCCCAGACCCCACAGCUGCAAACCUCUCACCCCCCACCGAAUCACGCCCAAUCCCCGGCACAGUUUCCGCAGGUUCUCACCCCGUACAAGGAGAAUGGAGAUGGAACGGGCAUUGCGGACGGGAACCCACACACUGCGAGGCGCCGAGGGAGAAUGCUGUUCGACCACGAACUGAUCAUUCUCUUCAAAGGGUGUGUCGAGCGAAAAGACAUGUACCUGAACGAUCCCAACCGGGCGGUGUUUUGGGACAACGUGGCGGGUUACAUGAACCAGCUGACCGGGCGGCACUUCUCGUCAUCGUCCUAUCAGCAGAUCGUGACAGACCGGAGCAUUGAGCGUCGGAAACGGCGCCGCGAUGUUGCCAACGGGCAAGGCAAGGCGGAGCCCACCAGCGCCCUGACUGCCGCGAUCGAUCAAUGGAUUGCCAUGGAAGAUCAGCUGCUGAGGAGAGAGACAAGCGAGAAUACACCACUUCUCCAGAAACGACCCGCCCCGGACGUUCCAAACACGCAAGAUGCCGACCGGGCCAAACGAUUUAGACCGCAGCCGACGACUGGCGCUCUUCCCAACCCUCCCGAGACGCGUUAUGAAGUCGGAAUAAACGAUGUCACCCAAGCGCUGGCGCAAGAAGUACGGGAUCUACGACAGGAGAUGGGAGUGAUGCACCAGAAAUUGGACAUGAUUUUGCAGGCUGUCAGGGAAUUGAAAGAGAAAUAAGGCCAUGUCUGUACCCAUAAUCCAGCCACUGGCUUCUGGGCAGUCGGAUCCCAAAGGCAAUUCGAGCGACAAUGCCUAUAGCAAGGGAUGCGUUGCGUACGGGUCUGACGCUCGGAUCGGCGCAAGCUCGGU